CCAGAUUCAUUCCAAGCAGAAAGAAACCUCUAUUGUCGAGACGAGGACGUGGACGAUAGUACGAGUACGAGAUACGAGAUUCGUCUCGUGUUUCCUGCGGCACGUCAGUUCGUUUAUAAACAGCUGCGUCAAAAUGGUAAAUAAGGAGAAGACGAAGAGCGCCAUAAAGGAUUUGUGCAAGAAUGACAAGUAUUCGAUUUUGCUUCCCACUUACAAUGAAGUAGAGAAUUUACCGAUAAUAAUAUGGCUUAUCGUGAAGUAUAUGGAGGAGAGCGAGCUUUCCUACGAAAUUAUUGUGAUAGACGACGGUUCUCCAGACGGGACCCUGGACAUGGCGAAGCAACUGCAACGCGUCUACGGCGACGACAAGAUAAUCUUGAAGCCCAGAGAAAAGAAAUUAGGACUAGGGACUGCUUACAUGCACGGGAUUACAUAUGCAACCGGAAAUUUUAUCAUUAUCAUGGACGCUGAUUUAUCUCAUCACCCCAAAUUUAUUCCAAAAAUGGUCGAGUUACAGCGGUAUCUCAACCUGGAUGUAGUCAGCGGUACGAGAUAUGCGCAGGGCGGUGGUGUUUACGGCUGGGAUUUCAAAAGGAAAUUAAUCAGUAGGACUGCAAAUUUUGUAACUCAGAUUCUAUUGAGACCUGGCGCAAGUGAUUUAACUGGUAGUUUUAGGCUUUACAAAAAGGAUGUAUUGGAAAAGCUGAUACAGUGUUGUGUAUCCAAAGGAUAUGUAUUCCAAAUGGAGAUGAUAGUCAGAGCUAGACAGUUAAAUUAUACAAUAGGGGAAGUGCCAAUCACAUUCGUCGACAGAGUCUAUGGUCAAUCCAAGUUGGGUGGUUCAGAAAUUUUUCAGUUCGCCAAGGGCCUUCUGUAUCUUUUCGCUACCACGUAAUAGGAAAGAUCUGUAGGAUAAGAAAAAAAUUAUUCUUUCAGAUCAAAUUUAAUUAUUUGGACAGCUAGCCAAAUGCAUUUAAAGAUUUUGUACUACUUAUCCAAAGAACACGUAUGUCUAAAUGACAUCUUUAAGUCGUCUUUCAGAUAUGUAUGUUUAAAAGACGACUUAAAGACGUAUGGAAAACCAUUGUAAUAUGAAUGUUUAUCAAAAAAGAUUGUGUAUGUGUAUAUAUUCAAAACAUCUUAAGAUAAAUUGUUAAAAAAUCA